CCCGUCUACAAUACUAUACUGCGGAACUCUUGCCCAGUAACCAAGUUCUCGAUAAGUUCAAAGGUGGAGCGAGAUAAACCAGAUAGCAUCAGAGGAGUGAAUCGACGUCAUAAAAUUAAUAGGAAUAUAUAUAAAUGAGAGAGAUAUUUCGCGCUCGAGGGUGUGAGAAAGGCUUGACGGCGUUGCCGGUCUGCAGAUCUGCGAGACUGAGACUAGGGAAGAAUGAGAAAAGAAAAAAGGGGGCGUGCUUGCUCAAGACAAAAGAGAAACGCGCGCUGGACGAUACAAAAGGAAAAAAUCGGCUGACAAGAGAAAGUGGCUACAUAUACCAGUUUUACGCACUGUACGUUACGUACGAGAAAGCAGAGAAGAAAAUGAGAUACAAUGGUCCAGUAGAUAAGUAGUAGAGAUACCGUAGGUAGAGAGAACGAUAGUAAGAAAAGAAAAUAAAAGGGGGUAACAACGACGAUUAUGGAAGCAAGGCCUAAGUACAAAAAAAAAACAUAUCUGCAACCGCUUGCUU